UUAUUAUAGCAAAAAGAAAACCGUAGUCGGAGCGGCAGCAGAAAGACGUAAACGGUGUCUUCUAAAAAAAAAAAAAAAAAAAAGUUGACGUAUUAGACGGUUAUUUUCCGCCGUGGGGAGAAUCACCGCCUCCCGCCAUUAACAUGAACCAGCUUCUAUCAUCUCCGGCCCAUCCCGGAGUAAAUUCCGGCAAAGAACAGCAAGCCGCCGGAGUAGGAAUUCUCCUUCAGAUCAUGAUGCUCGUUCUCUCUUUCGUCCUCGGUCAUGUUCUUCGCCGUCACAAAUUCUAUUACCUUCCCGAAGCCAGUGCAUCUCUUUUGAUCGGUUUGAUCGUUGGAGGCCUUGCAAAUAUCUCAAACUCACAAGAUAACAGCAGGGCAUGGUUUAACUUCCACGAAGAGUUCUUUUUCCUGUUUUUGCUGCCUCCGAUCAUAUUUCAAUCAGGAUUCAGCUUACCACCUAAACCGUUUUUUUCGAACUUUGGAGCUAUAGUGACUUUUGCUAUUCUAGGAACUUUUAUAGCUUCUAUAGUUACAGGCGUUCUAGUUUAUCUUGGUGGAUUGGUGUAUCUCAUGUACAAGCUUCCAUUUGUUGAAUGUCUCAUGUUUGGUGCUCUUAUAUCUGCGACCGACCCAGUGACUGUUCUGUCUAUAUUUCAGGAGCUUGGAACAGAUACGAACCUUUACGCGUUGGUGUUUGGUGAAUCUGUGUUAAAUGAUGCAAUGGCGAUUUCACUGUACAGGACAAUGUCAAUGGUAAGAAGACAUGCAUCAUCUGACCAGAAUUUCUUCAUAAUAAUAGUCAGAUUUCUCGAGACCUUUGUUGGCUCCAUGUCAGCUGGUGUUGGUGUUGGUUUUAUAUCUGCUUUGCUUUUCAAAUAUGCAGGAUUAGACGUUGAUAAUCUUCAGAACUUGGAAUGCUGUCUUUUUGUCCUUUUCCCAUACUUCUCUUACAUGUUAGCAGAAGGCCUUGGUCUCUCUGGUAUUGUCUCCAUAUUGUUUACCGGAAUUGUUAUGAAGCACUACACAUACUCCAAUUUAGCAGAGAACUCUCAGAGAUUUGUCUCUUCUUUUUUUCAUCUGAUAUCAUCACUCGCAGAAACAUUUGUAUUCAUUUACAUGGGAUUUGAUAUUGCCAUGGAAAAACAUACCUGGCCCCAUCUCGGUUUUAUCUUCUUCUCAAUUCUCUUCAUUGGAGUUGCAAGGGCUACAAAUGUUUUCUCUUGUGCCUAUCUGAUAAACUUGGUUCGACCAGCUCAUAGGAAAAUACCUUUGAAACACCAGAAGGCACUUUGGUAUAGCGGUCUCCGUGGAGCCAUGGCUUUUGCACUUGCUCUGCAAUCAAUGCAUGAUCUUCCAGAAGGGCAUGGCCGGACAAUAUUCACAGCAACCACUGCUAUUAUUAUUUUGACAGUCUUACUAAUUGGAGGAUCAACUGGUACCAUGUUGGAAGCUCUGCAAGUUGUAGGUGAUGAAUCAAUGGUUGAAAACUUUGAACGGAACAGUGGCUACAUAAGCCCUGCUUAUGAAGGGACUGUAGAACCACCACCACCUUCUGGUAACAGGCUGAAGACAAAAUUAAAAGAGUUCCAUAAGAGCACAUCAUCAUUUACAGCAAUUGAUAGGAACUUCCUCACCCCUUUCUUUACUACUCAAAAUGGAGACGAAGAAGAGCAAGAGGGACUAAUGGCGAAAUCGAGAAGAGCACCGUUUCAUGGGCCAAGGCCGCAUAAUUAACCAAAAAGCUAUCGAUAGUAAGCGAUGCAUAUAGAUGUUGUUUCCAUGAUGAGUAGUAUAAUAAUAAUGUAGUAGUUAUUUAGGAUUAGGAUAUAGUUUAACUCUUUUUUGUUGUUUUUUUAACAUUUUGUAAAAUUUCUAGCUAAGAAAAGAAUAACAUUUUGUCCUUUGAA